CAUUUCCUGCUUGUAAAUAUUGGCGGCAAGUGUGAAGAGAUCUUGGAUUUUAUGCUAAAUAUGCAAUAAAACCAUAUCCACAGAAAGAAGACAGUCAACCAGUACUCACUUUAUAGAUUAUGGGAGAAGAAAUUUCCUUAACAGCCUCUAGUCUACAAACCAAACUGACUGAUAGCCUUUAUUUGUACCAGAAGAAUAGAAUCCUGUGUGACUGUUGUAUACAGUGCAUUGAUGGAGAAGUUUAUGCCCAUAAAAUCAUCCUGGCCAUGUGGGGAAUGUAUGGGUUCUACAUUGACACCAUAGACACAAUUAAGGCUUUAACAUUCUCAACUGCAGAUGUUAACAACUUUAUGAAGUUCAUUUAUUCAGGGAAUAUUUCACUGACUUCAAAUGCAGCCUCAAGAGUUGUUCAGUUUGGAAAACACAUAGGUAUAAAUUUGCGUUGUAUCACAAACUGUCAUACUCCAGAUUCUAUACAAUCGGCUUUGUCAACCCUAAAAUCAUUUUCUCGUGUUGGAUUUCAAUAUGAUAGAGAGAAAAAGUCCAUUUACAUGAAAUCCUUGCCUGAUUUUCAAAGCAUUUUUACUAGCACAACAAAUGUUAGAUGUAGAGAGCCGAUCAAAAAGACCAACUCAAUAUCUGUUAAAAGUAGAGAAUCGAAAAAGAGGGCAAAGUCGAUGACUGGUAGCAGUGAGGAGCCAAGUAAGAAGGCAAAGUCAGUACCUAAUAACAGUAAAGGACCUGUCAAGACGGCAAAGUCAACAUCUGGUAUCAGAAGGAAACCAACUAAGAGAGCAAAAACAAAACAUGGUAACAGGAGGAAGCCAGCCCAGGGGACAAAGUCAGUGUCUGGUAUUGGAAAGGAGCCUAUCAAUAGGGCAAAAUCAGUAUCUGAAAACAGCAGUGAAACAACAAAGAAGGCAAAGUCAGUAUCCAGUGACAAUGAGGAAUCUACAAAGAGGGCAAAGUCAGUAUCCAAUAACAAUGAGGAACAGACCAAGAGGGCAAAAUCAGAAUCCAGUAGCAAUGAUGAACUGAUUAAGAGGGCAAAGUCAGUAUCCAGUGACAAUGAGGAAUCUACAAAGAGGGCAAAGUCAGUAUCCAGUAGCAAUGACGAACUGACUAAGAGGGCAAAAUCAGAAUCCAGUAGCAAUGACGAACUGACUAAGAGGGCAAAGUCAGUAUCCAGUAGCAAUGAGGAGCUGAGCCUGACCAAGAGGGCAAAAUUGAAGCCAAUCAAGAGGACAAAGACAAUGAUUACAGAAAAAAGGGCUAAAAACUUAAAAGAGAAUUCGCUUUGUCAGUCAUCAGGUGUCAGUUCUACAGUGCUCUUUGAUGAAAACAAAUCAGCUGUAUUUCCAGUUUAUACCACCGGUUACAGUGAUGAACUUGGAAAGACAAAUACCAGUAGGUCUUAUGCUGAAACACGACCAGAGAUUGUGAUAGAAGUCAAAACUGAAAACUGUAAAAACUUUGUCCUGAAGACAGAGGAACGGGAAAAUGAGGACUAAGAUUCGGAACCUUGUCUGGAAGUGUAGUGGGAAACUGCUAAAAAUAGCUCAGUGAGGGGACAGGAUUUAUCCCAUAUGGAGAGAGCUGCAGCCAAUUAUUAAUGCACAAUUGUACCAUAUCUGAAAGACUGGUUACCAUUAACAAUAUAAAUGAUAACUAAGUUUUAUAUGAUUUUGACAUUUUUAUAUUCUGCUACAGUUUUAAAAAAAAUGUGAAGUUAUAAGCUAUAUUUCUUUAAUUGAGAUCUUUAUGAAAAUGAGUUUAUUAUGAACUGUUUAGAAGCUAGACUUUUAAGUAUUAAAAAGCAUUUUAUCCAAGCCAUCAUUAAAAGAUUUUGUUUGCCCUCUCUCUCAACCA